AUGGGAGCCGGGAGUAGCACUUGGACUCACCACCUCCUGCUACUGUUCUUCCCUGUCCUCGCCGUCGCCACCAGCAGCAGCCAUACCACCACCAUCAACAUCACCAACCGAUGCUCCUACACCGUGUGGGCGGCGGCAUGCGGCUGGACCCAGGCAACACCUGGGUGCUCCAAGUGCCCAACAACACCCAAGGCGGCCGCGUGUGGGCGCGCACCGGUUGUUCUUUCGACGGCCCCGCCGGCAACAAGUCCUGCCAUCACGUCGCAGUGCCCCGCUGAGCUCAAGGUGCCAGGGGGCUGCGGCGGCGCGUGCGAGUCCUGCAACGGCAGCACGGUAAACAGCAACACGGUGUUCUAUGUUCGGAUGUGCCCCGCCGACGUCUACACUUACGCCACCGAUGAUGAUGGUCCCCCUGUCGAUCUUGUGUCAUUGUCUUCCCCUCCACCUUCACCAACCGCAAACGGAACAAGUAGCAUCACAUCCUCACCAAAAUCCAAGAAAUGA